CGCGGCCAGCCUGAGGUUCCCGCAGGCUCAGCAUUCAGUGACCACAGGCUGAUUAUUGUAGUUACCUCUUAUAUGCUUGACCAAGGGGAUGGAUGGGCGGGCAGAGAUGGAAGUGAUAAGAAGCACAAAAGGGAACGUGACAGGAGAAGUCAGUGUCCAUUUGGUGGCCAGUGAGAGUGCUGUGCAGAAUGCCCACCUACCAGCAACUGCCUUCAUCAUACCAGCAAACACAGCCACAGUAAACCUGCCAGCAAGCACCUUAGAAAUUCAGCGGUUCGCUCGGGACCCCCAGAAAAAUAUGGGGGCAGAGAGGCAAAGAGAGGGCACAGCAAAUGAGCCUAUUACAGCAACAGUCAUCCCACAGAUCAGUGGAGUACAGACCUGCAACACCAUUCGGGUCUUGGAAUGGAAAGAUGGGGUAGCCACUCUCCCUGGAAGCAACCUAAGGUUUCGGAUAAACGAAUUUGGGACAUUGAAAGUGGUCAGUGCUGACAAGCUUUUGCCUGCAGAGCCUCUAAAUAGUUGCCACUCAGAAAGAGAUGGGGAUGAUGGGGUGGCACUCAUCAGCAAGGACAAUCCCACCGUAGCUCAAGACUCAGACAUUCCAGAGCUCCCAAAGCUUCCAGCUGUGGACAGCCUGUGCCAUUGCAGUACCUGUGGACGGAGAAAUGUUUCAGGGUCAGGCCAAGAAGGCAGGGGGUUUUGCAGUGAGAACUGCCACCGACAGUUCAAAGAAAGAUCUGUCAUUGUGGAGAACUCUGCUGGCAGCACCACCUCCACUGAAAUGCUCAAGCCAGUAAAGAAGCGGAAGAGAAAAGAUUAUCAAAGCCCUUCUGAGGAGGAAGAGGAGGAUUCUGAGCAAAUGGAUGUGAAGCAGGAGGAGAUAAAUGGCUCUGGAGGAGAACUUCCCUCUAGCAACACUCAAAGUGAAGACUGGAAUACAAGUCAACUUAUUUCUGGCGAGGAAAAGACAGAAGGUUGGAGCUGGUCAUCUUACCUAGAUGAGCAGAAAGCCGUUGCUGCCCCUUUAAAUCUGUUCCAGGAGCACCAGUUGGUCAGGCAACACAAGAAUGGUUUCAAAGUGGGGAUGAAGCUGGAAGGAAUUGAUCCCCAACAUCCUUCGAUGUACUUCAUUCUCACAGUGGCCGAGGUAUGUGGUUACAGGAUGCGCCUUCAUUUUGACGGAUACUCUGAAUGCCAUGAUUUCUGGCUGAAUGCAGACUCCCCCAACAUACAUCCUGCUGGCUGGUUUGAGAAAACAGGACACAAACUCCAGCCUCCCAAAGGCUGUUUAGGUUACAAGGAAGAUGAGUUUAACUGGGCCAGCUAUCUGCGGAUAACCAAAGCCCAAGCAGCUCCCAAGCAUCUGUUUGUAACCCCAGCUAGUAAUGCUGCACCAACUGGUUUCCAGGUGGGCAUGAAACUUGAAGCGGUGGACCGCAUGAACCCUUCUUUGAUAUGUGUUGCCACAGUGACAGAUGUGGUGGACAAUCGCUUUUUGGUGCACUUUGACAACUGGGAUGACACUUAUGACUAUUGGUGUGAUCCCAGCAGUCCUUAUAUUCACCCAGUCGGUUGGUGUCAGGAGCAUGGAAAACCCCUCACUCCUCCACAAGACUACCCUGAUCCUGAAAAUUUCAGCUGGGAAAAAUACUUAGCAGAAACAGGUGCUUCUGCAGUGCCAGCUUGGGCCUUUAAAGUGAGGCAACCCCAUGGCUUCUUGAUCAACAUGAGGUUGGAGGCAGUAGACCGAAGAACGCCUGCCCUGAUCCGAGCAGCCACUGUCGAAGACGUAGAAGACUACAGGAUAAAGAUUCAUUUUGAUGGCUGGAGCCAUGUAUGUGAUUUCUGGAUUGACUCGGAUCACCCCGACAUUCACCCUGUGGGAUGGUGCUCCAAAACUGGACAUCCAUUGCAGCCUCCUCUCAAGCCAAAGGAACCUGUGUCUACUACGAAUGGAACCUGCCCAACCUUGGCCUGUAAGACUCUCGCCAACACCAAGACCUCCAAAUACAGCUUUCACAGAAAGUGCCCAACACCUGGUUGCGAUGGAUCAGGACAUGUGACAGGGAGAUUUACAGCUCAUUACUGCAUCUCAGGGUGUCCCCUUGCAGAGAAGAACCAGGGGAGAGUGAAAGCUGAUCUCUCAGACACUGAAAACUCCGUUCGAAAGAGGAACCUUAUAGGCUUCUCUCAGAGAAAAAAGUCUCGACACCACGGAAGAGGUCGGCCUCCAAAAUACCGGAAAAUCCAGCAGGAAGACUUCCAGACCAUUUCUUCAGACAGCAUGCACCAGUCUCUCUUCAUGUCGGCCUUGUCAGCACACCCAGAUCGUUCCCUGUCCCUCUGCUGGGAACAGCACUGUAAGCUUCUGCCUGGUGUGGCUGGGAUCACAGCAUCAACAGUGGCUAAAUGGACCACCGAUGAGGUAUUUAGCUUUGUACAGACACUGACAGGCUGUGAGGACCAAGCAAAGCUCUUCAAAGAUGAGAUGAUUGAUGGUGAAGCAUUCCUCCUGCUGACUCAGGCUGACAUUGUGAAGAUCAUGAGCGUCAAACUUGGCCCAGCACUUAAAAUCUACAAUGCCAUUCUCAUGUUCAAAAAUGCAGAUGACACCUUAAAGUGAGCCACCCUGAGGAGUAUAUGACUUUCCUCUCCUUAGAAGAUGCCGAACUCUCCUGUUUAUCUGUCUCAGCAGAGUGGAGAUCUUCUGACUUUCGCAGCUGUAAAAUCCUGCCAACUUGCUCCCUCUUUGAGUCUCUGUCUUUGUUUACAUACCAGAUCCAUCCCCUGUCUGUCUUCCUCUCUCUUUGUACCAGCCUUUCUGAAUACUGCCUGAAUAUGUCUGCCAGUGGAGCUCCAGCAUUGACCUGCCUGAUCCCACAAACCCUGUCAAGGUCUUCUCUUGGUGGUUUUAAAGGCACACAGCAUAGAUCUGAGACUAGGUUUGCUGCUAGAUUUAAGCUGCCUUGGUUUUAAUUCUUCAGAUCUGACAGCCUGGGUUCAGGCAUCUUACAUUAUGUCUGAAUUUUCAUGAAACAGAGAAGGAAAACAACUGUAAGUCAAUUGCCAGUAUAUUCAUUUUACCCAACUUCAAGCAGUAUGAGAUAUUUGGAAGCAAUUCUGAACUGUGGCAUUGCAUUAUGAAAGUCGUUUCCCAAAUAUCAGGGAUUAGACCUUGAACUUCACGGGGAUGAUGAAUAAAUAUCUAUCCAGGGACUUAAUCCUUCCAAGGCAGACUACUGGACUAAGUACACAGAAGAUAUAACACACUCUAACAGUUCCGGAUUCACUGCUGCUAUGAAACAAACAAAUGAUGAUUUGGUGCUCACAAUUUACAGAAUCAUAAUAUUACCAUGUUAGGCAUGGAGGUUAAGAUUCACUGAGCAGUUUAGGUAAUAUUGUUCCUUGCUUUAACUUCUACAAAUGCCGAUUGUCAGGUUAGCUUGGAGCACUUUCCCCCAAAGUGCACCAAAACAAGUGAACAUGGCUGGUAUCUUGUCCGAAAUACAUCAUUCCUCCUUCCUCCCAUCUGUGGCAGGAAUAACUAAAGUUAGGGCUAUUUCACUUUGUCCCAUCCUGUUGGACUAUCAGGUGCUGUACCAUGUAAAAGAUGAUUAUGUGCAAUGGUGCAAUUAUCCACUUUUUUAAAUUCAUCAUUUCUGGCCCAUCAAAUUGUAUUUAUUCAGUGUGUGCCAAAUGUUUACAUCCAGCUACUUGACAGUGUCUCUUGAAAACAUAACCUAGGAACUCUCCUUUUUAUAAAAAGAAACACAGGUGGCAAUGUCUUAUUUUCUUUUUAACCGCAUGAAUACAAUGUGUGAUGUGACCUAUGCUUUCCAAGUCAUCAAGAACUCUGCUGUUUUCCUACACAUACUUUUUCCUUUUGUUCUUUUGAUGAGGAUUAGCAAAGCACUGGUGCCAGAUGUUCUGUUGAGCCACUUCAGCUGCUUUUAGCUAUGCAGACUAAGAAGAGGCUUAAGUUCCAAUGCCAGUCCUCCUAUUAGACAGAAGGGAAGAGGUGGCUCCAGACAGCAAUUUCUGCAUACUUUUAAGACAGGUCACACCCUGUUAAUUUUUUUUACUGUUAUGUUUUCAUUUUGGGAAAGGAGGGGUAGGAGCCAUAAAUAUUUUCCAUCUCAGGUUCCAAAAUAUUUUGGAAUGGCCCUAUUAAGUCAAGCAAUCACUUCUAAUUUCAGUAGUGCUAGUUGUCUUUCUGGAUGUUUUCUAACUCAGUACUCCUUUAGUCCUUACACAAGCAUAUCUCAAUUGAUAACGGUCCUAUGUCAUAUGCCAAUUCCACAGAGUCUAAUAAUCAGCCCAAGGCUUCUAUGGCCAAGCAGGGAUUUGGACAUGGGUUUCUUAAGUUGAAAUGCAGCCCUCAGUUUACUAGUGCAUUGCAUAUCACUUCCAGUGUAUGGAGCUCCGUGAGGCUGUUAGAAUUUUUCUUUGUCCUCCUUCAGUCUGUAACAACAGAACUAAAGUUUUUCACCCAUACCUGUACACCAGCAACAUGUCUCAUAGUAAUAUGGUCUGUGAAGUCUACAUUUUUUAAAUAUUUGGGUUAAGCUCAUGGAAAGCUCUAUGGAAAUGCAGCAUUUUGACUCCAGUAUUAUGAAAUGCUUGGUUGUAUUUGACUUUCUCUUUUAACUGAUGGCUGCCUGCUAUUCCGAAGAAAUUUUUAUCUUGGUUUCUCUCUAUGUGUGUCAAGUUAGCUUUUGUUCUUCAAGCAAUCUUUCUGCUGGUUUCAUAAUGUCUUCCUUUUGAACAUCAGCAUAUGUUUGCUUGCCAAGAGGCAUAAUACUGAGAAGAACAUCGUUUUGCACUUUUGAUUAAAUGGUCCGAGAAGAUACAAUUCAUGUGUGCUGCGAAACUAUCCAUAUGUCUAAAGAAAUCUUUUUCACCAACCAGGAAAAAAAUGAAGAAAAUGACUGGUUAAGAUAGUGAGAUAUUUCUUCAGUUAUGAUAAGAUGAAAAAAUGCAGGCUUUAAUAAGAAAACUGCCUUAGUUUGGAACAUGAUCUGAACAAGUCCAGAUAAUAUAAGGUCCUGCUUAUAUGAGUACCAGUCAUGUAUUUGGGGAAAAAUCCUAUGAAGAUGGAAAGAAAUAUCCCUUUCUUAUUAACAUACAUCUUAAUCAUCCAAUUAUGAAUGCAUGUUCAUAAGCAGAGAUGUUUUUGGUGCAGCAGUGAUGAAUACAGGUGGGGGUAUCUCUAUUAUUGUCUGAUGAAAUCUCAGUCAUUUAGAAAAUUGCUUCCUUUGUGCUAUUUUUGUGUCACAGAUAAAGAGUCAGGUCUGCACCUUUGCAUCUGUUGUUAAUAUUUUCGGACUGAGACUCAGGUGACAAGUCACUUUCUGAAGACUUUUAUACACUGAACAGCAGGCAGCCACUUGAAAUCCUCAAUGAAAAACAGUAUUCAUGUAGUAUUUUGGAUUCAGUCAAUUAAUCCCAUGGAUUCCCUACUACAUUCUUUCUCUCUUCUUACUUAUUUGUCUAUAUCUAUCAUUAUUUUUCGGAAGAAUGUCCAAGAUACUGAGUGAGCUUAAAUGAAUUUGCAACAGGAAUAGAACCUAGAUCAGGCAUUGCUCUCCUCAGCCCUGACUUCUUCCAAAACAAAAUAACCUUUAAUGGAAGUGAGGGUGAAAUGUAAAAUCUAAUAUUGUGCAUCUGGGUUCUUUGGCAUAUGUGUGUUUGGCACAGAGAGUAAAAGAGUGGCUUUUGAUGGUGAAAUAUGCACACUUCUAAGUCAAAUGGAAAUCCAGCACUCCUGUUUUUUUUUCCUUUUUGUCCACCAUCAUAAAUAUUCCAAUCUGAAAUCUCUUGCCCUUUUGUGACAUAGAAUGUUUUAAUCAUUCCAGAUGGAGGAAAUUGCACAUUUAGUUGAUUAGAUGGUUGGAGUUAUUUACUUCUAAAAUAUGAUGUGAACAUUAACUUUUGUGGAAAGAAAAUAAAUUUAAACCCAAAGAAUGUGUGUGUGUGUGUGUGUGUGUGUGUGUGAGAGAGAGAGAGAGAGAGUGAGAGAGAGUGAGAGAGAGUUCCCCCUCCACAACUGUAUUAAGUAUUUCUGUAAAUCAGGGGUCAGCAACUUUGGAAGGCUGGGGCCAAUAGAUUGUCUCCAGGAUCCUCCAGAGACUAUGUGGAUUGCCAAAAAUGAAAAGAAAGAAAUGGCAAAUGGCCAAAAGUCUACUGCUAGUGUUAGAAAAUGCGUGAUUUUGGAUGUUAAAAUGCUGCAGGGCUCCCCUGUAAUCUAUUUAAUAGGUGAGCCUCACCUUCUAGAGGCUGAGGGAGGGUAUCUGGCGAGCUUUGGGUGGCCAAAACAGUCUUGAGGUCUGUGUGAGGCCCAUAAACUGCAUUUAUCUGCUGUAAAUAUUGGGAAUAGAGCAUUGGUACUGAACAGUAGCAGAUGGCAAGGGAGGAAGAGAAGGCAACUUUGGGGCUCAUCAGAUAUUGUCUGGAAAAUGUUUGGUGUCUCCAAGUGACAGUGCUUCUGCCAAGGGCCUGGAGAGCUCUGGACAAGAUGAACUGAUCAUUAUCAUCCUAUGUGGCUCAUUGCUCUAACAGCUGCUGGUAAAGAUUGCUGGUAUUUGUUUGCCUCUUGUAAUAACUAGCAUGUGCCAGUUCCUCCACCUUGAUAGUACAAUUAGCAUUGAGGAAAAUACCAGAGAGCCUGCUGUGGAAGCCACCCUCAGGACUUCAAUCCAGUAGUCUAUUUUCCCCUGGCAGUAUUGAUACUGUUAGAGUU